AUGAAGAGGACUUGUACCUGCAUAUACCACUUCCUUGUUUUCAGCUGGUAUAUUUUUCUCAAUUAUUACAUCUCACAAAAAGGAGGAAGAGACCAGCAGAAAUCCAAAAUCUUUCACAAUGGCGGACAGUGGAAGUAUUUGACAUUCCUAAAUCUGCUCUUGCAGGCCAUUUUCUACGGGGUCGCCUGCAUGGAAGAUGUGCUAAAAAGAAUCAAGGGGGAAAAAGAGAUUAAGUUCAUGACCGCCUUCAGAGACCUGCUUUUUACCACGCUGGCUUUCCCGAUUUCCACAUUUGUGUUUUUGUCAUUCUGGAUCCUCUUUCUCUAUGAUCGAGAGCUCGUUUACCCUAAGGCCCUAGAUGGUAUCUUUCCAGUAUGGUUGAAUCAUGCAAUGCACACAUCCAUACUACCCUUCACACUGGCUGAAGUCAUCCUCAGGCCACAUUGCUAUCCACGGAGGAAGAAAGGUCUCACCUUGCUGGCUCUUGCUAGCCUUGCGUACAUCAGCGGGGUCCUGUGGAUCUACUCUGAGACGGGUACGUGGGUAUAUCCUGUGUUUGCCAAACUCAGCCCGGUGGGUCUAACAGCCUUCUUCUCUCUCAGCUACAUCUUUAAUGCCGGCAUCUAUCUACUUGGAGAGAAGCUCAACCACUGGAAAUGGGGUGACACAAUGAAGCCAAGGAAAAAGAGGAAGUGA